AUGAAGUUCUUAACUACUAACUUUGUUAAGUGUCCCAUCAAAGCUUGCGAUCUGUCUGUUGAUUCUUUCCCUCUACAGUUCUCCGAGUGCCAACUUGUUCAAGAAGAACAAGAAUUCAACCCGGAAUUUAUAGUGCAUAUGUUGGAGAGAUUGGACUGGCCCGCCAUUGUUCAAGUUGCUAAGAACUUGGGUAAUGAGUCUCUUCCACAGGUAAAGCCUGAGAAUUUGGACCCAAUUAUGGAAGAUGACCAGGCUAUAUUGAAAGACUUGCACACUUUACUCGUGGAGACUCAAAUAGUGGAAGGCAAGAUGAUAUGCCGUAACUGCGAACACGUUUACUACGUCAAGAACUCGAUUCCAAACUUCUUGUUACCUCCACAUCUCUGCUAG